GAUUUUCAUCCCCAAGAAGCACCGGCAGCGGUUUGACGAGGUGGUGUCGCAGAGCCUGAUCAGCAAGCUCUGCCGCUCCAAGAGCGAGCAGCACAGCAAUCGGCUGCGGCGCAGCCGGAGCGAGGACCACCAGGAGCGGCUCCUCGUAAGCCACGAGGAGGUCAGCAAGAGCCUGCGGAAAACCACUUCGCUCAUCACCAGCAAUGUGGCCUCGGGGGCCGCCCGCAGAACUGUGCGAGUUUAUAAAGGCAACAGAAGCUUUGGCUUCACGCUACGUGGCCAUGCCCCGGUGUGGAUCGAGUCUGUUCUGCCAGGGAGCCCGGCUGAGAAGGCUGCUCUCAAAGCUGGAGACCGGAUCCUAUUCCUCAACGGUCUGGACAUGAGGAACUGCUCCCAUGACAAGGUGGUGUCGAUGCUGCAGGGCAGCGGGGCGAUGCCCACCUUGGUGGUGGAAGAGGGGAUCGUCAACUUCUCCAACGACUCUGACUCUGCUGACUCCCCGAGCACCUCCUCCGCCCUCACCUCCCUGCAGUGGGUUGCAGAGAUACUCCCCUCUAGCAUCAAGAUUCAAGGAAGGACCUUCAACCAGCAGCUGGAGCACCUGCUGACUCCACCCGAGCGCUAUACCAUCUGCAAAGCGCUGGAAGGCUUCUUCCAACAUCGGAAUAUUGACACUCUCAUUGUGGAUGUGUACCCGUUGCUGGACACACCGGCCAAGCAAGUCAUUUGGCAGUUUAUCUACCAGCUGCUGACGUAUGAAGAGCAGGAGCACUGCCAGCAAAAGAUUGCCAGGUUUCUUGGUUACAAGUCCUUGGCAGCUGAGCCAGAAGCAGAGGAUCGCUACCGCAGCUCCAUUCGAGGGGCCUCCUUGUGCCGGGGAAGCCUCCGAACCCCCCGCCCCGAGGAAGGGGGGGCAGCAGGCCAGAGUGACACCGUGGAGGUCCCGGUUCGCCUGAUCCCUGGAGAGAGACAGGCUGGCGACGGCACAUCCCUCCCGGAGACGCCCAACCCCAAAAUGAUGUCAGCUGUCUAUGCAGAAUUAGAAAACCGCCUGAUCGGCAGCUUUGCUGGCAAGAUGGGUAACCCUGCCCUGCACCGAGCAUCACCUCCUGCCCCAGAGCUGGCACACGCGGCAGGUAGCGUCCCGCUUCCCCCGGCGUGAAAAGAGGCAAUUUUGGGGGGGUCUCAGGCGAUGGUGGAUGCGCUCUGUCCCGCAGGUGCUCGUAAGCCGGGGAUGGCGAUCUCGUGGCCAAGCGACCCUCUGGCCUCCCAGCAGUGCUAUUACCGCCUGCACAGCAGCGUGGCUUCCCCGAGCAGCACUGAGUCCAACCCCUACCCUCCGAGCCGCGACACCGACCGAUUCCGGGACGCCCUCAGUGAGCAGCUGGGACACCGGGUCACCAUCGUGGAUGAUUUCCUCACCCCUGAGAAUGACUACGAGGAG